CGAUAUAUGUAUAUAAAAGGAGACGAUGAAAAUGAAAAUCACACAUCAGAGAAUAUAGUGACUAUAUUUAAUAGCACAGUAAACUAUUUCUGAAAAUUUUAAUAACUGCAAAACAAAAUGUUUAUAAAUCGCUCAUCAAAAGGAAUUUUUAAUUCCUUAGGAAUGUUGUCUAUAUUACUUAUUGCUUGUCUUAUAAAAGAGAAUAAGGCCGGUUGUUUAAAUUGUUUAAUUCCCCAAGAGCUAGAACCAUAUCAAGUUUAUUAUUUGUAUAAUCCAGAUUAUCCACAAAACAGCGUUGAUGAAGAACAUAAUUACGAAUGGGAUUUAGGAGCUCCUGAAAAUUAUCAUGUUUUCCUGAACUGUACAUUAAAUUUACCUAACGAUCCGGACAACUGCUUUCAUCACAAAGUUAUUGUUCAAACAAAUUUAUCUAAACCACCUGUACCUCAUUGUGGAAAUAAAAAAUUUACCGCAGUAUCAGCAACAAAUAAAAUGAAAUUAUUUUAUCAAAUGUUGUACAGAGGAGAAGAGGGAAAUUUUGCAUGCAGCGUUAUGGCUACUCCACAUUGAAUUCAUUUGAAGUUAAUGAUACACAAUUAAAAUAUUGUCAGUAAUAUUAAGAGAAAAGAAAAAAUAAUUUCCAAAUGAAUAAAAAAAAUAAAAAAUUUUA